CUGCCCGCCCUGUACUCCGACUUCCGUCCCCAACGAACCCUCAACCCAGAUGGCUUCCAGGCCAACGUGAGCGCAUGGCGACAGGCCCUCGCCCGCGCAGCUUGGGAAGGCAGGAUAGCGUCGCAGGUCUCUGCACCAAACCUCCUGGUCGUCAACGUCGACGAGCAGCUCGUCCGCUCCCUCGAAAGCAAACAGUUCGGUCGGCCACUCGCCCUCGGCACCGUCGUCAGGGAGGCCGUCAACGACAAAGACCUCUACCCCCUCAAAGAAUUCCUCGCCGCCAAGGACAGCAUAUACGCGAAGACGUGGUCGCAAGUCCCGUGGAGCGUGGUGUCUUGGGCGGCCGGGCAGCUCGGGUUCGGAGGGAAGUCAACCUCCGGCGAGGAUAAGCUGCCCAAGGGCCAGUUUGUGGUGAUCAAGAACGUCGAGACAACUGCGAAGGGCCUUGCGGAGAAGGUCAGCUCUGCGGAUGCCCGGUUCGAUAGGACGUACACCAAGUCGCAUUUCCAGAAGACAUUUGCGGAUAGUUUGGUGGAGCACAGGAGGUUAUCAGACACGGACGUCGACAUUCUAUUGGUUUUCUUGUCGCGGGAUAAGGGCCUUGUGGUCUACGAUGGCAAGGUCGUCAAGAUCAAGGGUUCAGGGCCCGAGGAGGACGAGUCUUCUAUAACGGAGGAGGACGCCGCCGUCUCGUCCCUAAAAGAGCUGAUCGAAGACAUGAAGAACCAAACGGCUCUCCUCUCAACGCGCAUCGAUGAGCUCACGGUGACCGCGAAGGAGGCCGUUGCGAAGAAGAACAAGGUGGCUGCUAUGGCGGCCCUGAAGUCCAAGAAGCUCGCCGAGAACUCCCUGCAGACGCGCUUCGCGACGCUCGGCCAGCUCGAGGACGUCGCAUCGAGGAUCCAGCAGGCGCGCGACCAGGUGCAGCUCGUCAAGGUCAUGGAAGCGAGCGCGGGUGCGCUCAAGGGGCUCAACGAGAAGGUUGGCGGGGCGGACCGCGUCGGCGACGUGGUUGCCUCGUUGCGGGAGCAGAUGGGCGAGGUCGACGAGGUCGGCGACAUCAUUGCGGACGCCAACGCGGCGCCUGCGGAUGAGGUCGAGGUCGAUGACGAGCUGGCGGAGAUGGAGCGCGAGGAGAGGGAGAAGGAGGAGGCUCUCGAGAAGGCGAAGAGAGAGAAAGAGGCGGCCUUGGAGAAGGCGAAGAGGGAGAGGGAGGAGGCCAAGGAGACCGAGGAGAUGGAGAAGAGGUUGGAAGCGGAGAUGCAGGGACUGAAGGCGCCUGUCACGGAGCCCGAGGAAGGAGCGAAGACGCCUUCGAAAGAGACGGCGGAGAGUUUGGAGAAGUUGGAGUUGGAAGAGAGGCCUCAGCCACAAGCAGCGUAA